CCGGCAAACAUCCAUUCUCGCCGGCAGCUUCUUCCACCACCUUGAGAUCUUGGCUGAUCUCGAGCUCCUGGAUAUUUCAUUAUUGACAUCUACAGCUGUCAUUAUAAAGAAACUCGAUCCACCGCAUUCUACUGUGGUUUGCGACUCGCUAUCUCAACACCUAUCUACCGAAUUACCUCAGAUUGUUAUCUUCAAUCGAAUACCUGAACCGAUCCGACAUUAGAAUCCGCGACGCAGGAGCUGCAUCGCUCGCAGCUCAUUCACAAUGCGUCUCUUCUGCCUUUUUCUCGUCCUCGCAGUAUGUCUGCUGCAGGUCGUUCUCGCCGCCGAGGAUUACUACAAGAUCCUGGGGCUAGACAAAUCCGCCUCCGAGCGGGAUAUCAAGCGGGCGUACCGGACGCUGAGCAAGAAGUUCCAUCCGGAUAAGAACCCAGGCGAUGAAACCGCGCGCGAAAAGUUCGUCGAAAUCGCCGAAGCCUACGAUGUGCUCUCCACCUCCACGACGCGCAAGAUCUACGACCAAUACGGCCACGAAGGCGUCGAGCAGCACCGCUCCGGCGGCACCGCCGGCCGACAAUCCCACGACCCGUUCGAUAUCUUCUCGCGCUUCUUCGGCGGCGGCGGACACUUCGGCCACGCGCCGGGCCACCGUCGCGGUCCGGACAUGGAGUUCCGCGUGGGCCUGCCGCUGCGCGAUUUCUACAACGGACGCGAGGUUGAGAUUACCCUGGAGAAGCAGCAGAUCUGCGACGCCUGCGAGGGCACCGGGUCCGCCGACAAGGAGGUCAUCACGUGCGACAAGUGUUCCGGGCGCGGGGCGUUCAUCCAGAAACACAUGCUGGCACCGGGCAUGUUCCAGCAGGUGCAGAUGCAGUGCGACAAGUGCGGCGGGCAAGGGAAGAUGGUGAAGAAGCCGUGCGGCGUGUGCGGUGGGCACCGCGUCGUGCGGCGCGACGUCGACACCUCGUUCACCGUCGAGCCGGGCAUGGACAAGGGGCAGAAGAUCGUGUUCGAGAACGAGGCGGACGAGAGCCCCGACUGGAUCGCCGGCGACCUGGUGCUGGUGCUGGAGGAGCGGGAGCCCGAGCUCGGCAAGUCCGAGGACCAGCGCACCGACGGGACCUUCUUCCGACGCAAGGGCCGCGAUCUGUUCUGGAAAGAGGCGCUCUCGCUGCGCGAGGCCUGGAUGGGCGAGUGGUCGCGCAACCUCACGCAUCUGGACGGACACAUCGUUCACCUCUCCCGCUCGCGCGGCCAGGUCGUGCAGCCACUUUCCGUGGAAACCGUCGUGGGCGAAGGCAUGCCGGCGUACUCGGAGGGCCAUCUCCACGACCAGUCCGACGAGGACGACGACGUCCCCGGAAACCUGUACGUCGAGUACUCCGUCAUCCUGCCGGACCAGAUGGAAAGCGGCAUGGAGAAGGAAUUCUUUUCGCUGUGGGAGAAAUGGAGGAAGAAGAUCGGGGUUGAUCUCGCGGCCGAUGGGAACCGGCCCAAGCCUUCUGCAGAAGACGUGAAGGACGAGUUAUGAUUUUAAUUUUUGAAUAUAGAUAAG